AUUUCCCACUACCGACGAUUAGCAAAAUAAUCGUAUUAAUUGUCAUUCAUUUCGGUCGACGAGUGUGUUUAAUCGGGGUUUCUUUCAUUAAUAUCUCGCAGAGGAUUGCAUUUAUUUUAAGAAUAAAGAAUGGCUCAAAGCAAAUUGAAUGAUUUGGCUGGUAAAUUCGGCAAAGGUGGUCCACCAGGCUUGACCACCGGUCUUAAACUUUUGGCCGCUGUCGGAGCUGCUGCCUAUGGUGUCAAUCAAUCGUUGUAUACCGUUGAUGGUGGUCACCGUGCCAUUAUCUUCAGCAGACUUGGUGGCAUUCAAAAUGAUAUCUAUUCUGAAGGUUUACAUUUCCGCAUUCCAUGGUUCCAAUAUCCCAUUAUCUAUGACAUCCGUUCUCGCCCCCGUAAAAUCUCCUCACCCACUGGCUCAAAGGAUUUGCAAAUGGUGAACAUUUCAUUGCGUGUCCUUUCACGUCCCGAUUCGACUCGUCUUCCCACAGUUCAUCGUCAAUUGGGUUUGGAUUAUGAUGAGAAGGUUUUGCCCUCCAUCUGUAAUGAAGUUUUGAAGGGUGUCGUAGCCAAAUUCAAUGCAUCCCAAUUGAUUACACAGCGUGCUCAAGUUUCCCUUUUAAUUCGCAAAGAAUUGGUGGAACGUGCCCGCGAUUUCAACAUCAUUUUGGAUGAUGUUUCCUUAACAGAAUUGAGUUUUGGCAAGGAAUAUACCGCCGCUGUUGAAGCCAAACAGGUUGCCCAACAAGAAGCCCAACGUGCUGUGUUCUUUGUUGAACGCGCUAAACAAGAGAAACAACAAAAGAUUGUUCAAGCUGAGGGUGAAGCUGAAGCCGCCAAAAUGUUAGGUCUGGCUGUUAAACAGAAUCCCGCCUACUUGAAAUUGCGUAAAAUCCGUGCUGCUCAAAGCAUAGCUAGAACCAUUGCCAGCUCACAGAAUAAGGUCUACCUCUCGGCUGACAGCUUGAUGUUGAACAUCCAAGACUCCGGCUUUGAUGACAUGACUGAAAAAGUUUACAAAACAUUGCCGGAGGAUUUAUUUGAUCAUCCACGACAUCAGCAACAGCAGCAGCUACACUAACAUGAACUUUAUUCUAGAAAUGCAUUUGAUGAGCCAUUCAGUUUUAUUCAUUUGGAAUCACUUUUUUGUUAAUUUCAUUUAUAAUAACUUUUACAUUUAUUUUAUAUUUUUUAUUGUUUUAAAAAUGCUGUAUCCAUAUGGGAAACACAAAAUUUCUCUGCAAUUUAGUAGCAGCUCCUCCCUCUUCUAAUCUAUGGAUAUAAAAAAUGUAUAAUUUCGUCAUGUAGUUUUUAAGUUAAGUGAAACACACACAAAAAUUGUUAAACAAUAAUUGAGUUGCUUUUGUAAAAAGCUUCACAGCGAACUCUGAAUAAUUUUUAUUACCAUAUUCGCAUUUCGCCAAUGUGUCAAGUGCACAUACAAAAGCAUACUUAAACAAGAAACAAAUAAAAAAGUUAUUGUUAAAAAAAAUACAAGAAAUUUCCUUAAAUGCUGUCUACGAUUUGUUUAAUAACUAUAUAAACUAAUAAAAAAGCGAUAUAAUUUCUGUUUAAAAGAA